GAGGUCAUCUGAGGUGGUAGAGCAGUCACAUACGAGCCUCGUAAAGAAAUGGUCGUGUUGCGAAAUGGCAUCGAGUUUGCGCGCCUGCAAAACAUAACCUGGCUGCAGAGACUGACGUAACGCCGCAACCCGCAAAGCGACCCGAUCGCUGCCAAGCGCCAAUUCCGGGGUCCAACUGUGCACCUCAUUAGAACCAACGUGUGUUAGUAUCUGUAAAUGCCAACAGGUGGGAGCAUGGUAUGGCUACUCUGACCCAACGCUGUACGGUACUUUUCUCUGCCAUAAACAGUACCCUGUGGGGAUUUUGCAUGUGUGUUUGUGUCCACAUCAAGAUUCCCCUUCAAGCAAGAAGUAAAAGCUGCAAGCUGGCCAUCGCAUACAAGGGUACGGGGAAAUGAGAAAGCAAAGACAAAUUCGCUGAUUCAAUGAGCUCACCGUGUAAAGCCGCACCGGACUGUUAGCGGACUGAAGAAGAGCGAGGUGGGGGAUCGGAUCACGGAAUGUAACAAAUGAACCCAACGUAACCAUGCUGAAUCGGUUGAAACAGUUGGGAUAUGGAUACAAGUCACAAGAUGCUACUCAUCUACUUGAUGGGGAUCUCGUGUUGGUGGAGCAGAGGGUGGAGCCAGCCCGGAGAGCCGCUCAGGUCAUUCAUAAAAAGCUGGUAGCGUGCCUGCAGAGUCAGCAGGGCUUGGAGAGCGACAGGCGCAUGAAAAAACUACCCCUCAUGAUGCUCUCAGUCAGCAUGGCAGACAGUUUCAAAGACUUUGACGCGGAUUCUUCCAUUAGGAAGGUGCUGGAGAUGUGUUGCUUCAUGCAGAGUUUUCUAGCGAAGACGCUGGCAGACUUUGAGGUGCAGCUGGAGAAGGACGUUUUGGAGCCACUCAAUAAGCUCAGUGAGGACGAUCUGCCAGAAAUCCUGAGGAAUAAGAAACAGUUUGCCAAGCUGAUGAUGGACUGGCAUAAUGCACGCAACAGAGCGCAGGCCAGCACAGGGCCGCAGACCAAACAGGAUGGACUGCGCGAGGAGGUGGAGGAGGCCUGGCGGAGACUGGAAAGCAUCAAGAACCAGUACUCUGCAGAUCUGUAUCAUUUUGCUUCGAAAGAAGAUGACUACGCCAACUACUUCAUUCGUGUUUUAGAACUUCAGGUUGGAUUCCACAAGACUUCCCUAGAGUUUCUGCAGAAGAAUUUAUCUGAGCUGAAAAACAACUACAAGAAUACAGACACUCACAUGGACAGUCCUUCGGGGAAGGUGUACGGGGUGCCUCUGAUGUCUCACCUGCUGGAAAGCGGGAGGGAGAUCGCCAUGCCCAUCGAGGAGUGUGUCCACAUGCUACUGAACAAUGCCUUGAGAGAGGAGGGUCUGUUCAGGCUAGCAGCCGCUGCUACAGUGGUGAAGCAACUGAAGAAGAGUCUGGACUGUGGUGACGUUGACCACAGCAAGUUUAGCGCCGACCCACACGCAGUGGCAGGCGCGCUGAAGUCAUACCUCAGGGAGCUUCCCGAGCCCCUCAUGACCUAUGAACUGUACGGCGAGUGGUUCAAAGCCGCAGGAGAGAAGGAGGUGCAGGAGAGGUUGGAGCAGCUGAAGGCGGUGCUGCAAAAAUUGCCCCAAGAAAACUACAACAACCUCCGGUACCUGGUCCAGUUCCUGGCCCGGUUGUCGGAGCAGCAGGCCGCGAACCGCAUGACCCCCAGCAACAUAGCCAUCGUGCUCGGACCCAAUUUGCUUUGGCCGAGGACUGAGGGCGGCGGGUCCCUGCUGGACAUGGCGUCUGCUUCCUCGGUGCAGGUCGUCACUGUGGUUGAGCCCCUCAUACUGUAUGCGCAGAGUCUCUUUCCGGAAGCUGAAGACUUUGAGAUUCCAGAGCUCCCAGCAGUCCCAGAUGUGGCAGAGAAUCAAUCCCAACUGCCCCAAUCUGGGGCCGAGGAUUCUGCCCCCGCCACCAGCCCCCGUUCGCCACCUGCUGACACAGACAGGUACUGAACUGCAUUAUGACAAAUGGACUUUCCCCCAAAUUUCCUAAUGAUGGAUAAACUGAAGAAACUUCUCACACCAAACUAGGGCUGCAACAACGAAUCGAUUAAAAUCGACUAUUAAAAUAGUUGGCAACUAAUUUAAUAAUCGAUUAGUCGGGUCUACGUUAUUAUUACACAGCAGUCUUGUUUUAAUUCUGCCAGAAACGGUAGUAUUUAAUGAUAAUUAGCUGAAAUUAGGUCGGAGAGACACUGAUGUAUUAUGUGACAUUAUGAAGUUUUUGG